AUGAGCACUGCCAGAUUAGAUUUGACCCUAGAGGCUGAGUAUGGAUAUAAUUCACUGAAGGAUAAGGAAGGCCCCCGCCUCAUCAGCUCCCACCUCCCCAUCCAACUCAUCCCCAAGUCUCUCUUCAGUUCCAAGGCCAAGGUGAUUUAUCUCAUCAGAAGUCCCAGAGAUAUUCUAGUGUCUGGUUAUUUUUUCCAGAGUAAGUUGAAUUUUAUUAAGAAGCCAGAGUCACUGGAACAAUAUUUUGAAUGGUUCACCCAAGGAAAUGUGCUGUAUGGAUCCUGGUUUGACCACACUCAUGGCUGGAUGUCCAUGAGAGGGAAGGAGAACUUCCUGAUACUGAGUUAUGAAGAGCUGAAAUGGGACACAAGAACAAGAAGCACUGUAGAGAAGAUCUGCCAAUUCAUCGGCAAGAAAUUAGAACCAGAAGAACUGAACUCCCUCCUCAAGAAUAGCUCCUUCCACAUCAUGAAAGAAAACAAGAUGUCCAAUUAUUCCCUCCUGCAUGGUCAGUAUUUUAAUGAGAAGAAUGCAUCACUUAUGAGAAAAGCCAUUUAUGGGGACUGGAAAAAUUACUUCAUGGUGGCACAAGCUGAAGCCUUUGAUAAAAUAUUCCAGGAGAAGAUGGCGGAUGUUCCUCAAGAGAUGUUCCCAUGGGAAUAA